GAGGCCGCGCGGAUUUGUCAAAGACCCCAUGGCUGUCUUCGCCUUUGCUGCUUCAGUUAACUCUAUCUUUUACCUACCUUUCCCGUCGUCUCCUCAGUCAUCGUUUCGCAGCUGCAAUACCAUCCGUAACAGCUAAGUGGUCAAUUCUGGGAUUUGGAGCUGGGAAUCGGGGCGGGUGCGAGGCGUGGGCUGUACAAGUCAGCCCGCCAUCUCCUGCGGCAACCGCCACAGCUGCAGACACUUCUCCCAGGCGGGAAAGGAGAACACUGUCAAAAGGCCCACGCUGUACUAGUGCCCAAUCUUCAGAUUUAGAGUGUUUCUGUCAAGACUUAGUGAAAGCCUUUCGAUUGGGGAAGGGAGGACUGACUCAGAGAUCAGGAAAAUAGAUAUCGUAUUGGAUAGUGUUGACUUUUGGUCCGCAUUAUCGAACGAGUGGCAGCUUUGCUUAAGCCUCCUUAAACCCUGAGCCAUGACACCCCCAACAGUGCCUCCGAUGGGUGUAGAUGGUGUGUCCGCAUACCUGAUGAAAAAAAGGCACAUCCACAGGAAGCAGCGACGCAAGCCCACUUUCCUCACGAGUAGGAACAUCGUCGGCUGCCGCAUUCAACACGGCUGGAAGGAAGGCAAUGAGCCGGUGGAGCAGUGGAAGGGCACAGUGCUUGAGCAGGUUUCCGUGAAGCCCACCCUCUACAUCAUCAAAUAUGAUGGCAAAGAUAGUGUAUAUGGACUAGAACUGCACCGAGAUAAGAGAGUGUUAGCGCUAGAAAUCCUUCCUGAGAGAGUACCAACUCCUCACAUUGAUUCGAGUCUGGCAGAUUUCCUGAUUGGCAAAGCGGUGUGGCAUGUGUUUGAGGGUGAGCACGGUGCGAAAGACGAAUGGAAAGGCAUGGUCCUGGCGCGAGCUCCCGUGAUGGAUACUUGGUUUUACAUCACCUACGAGAAAGAUCCUGUCCUUUAUAUGUACACGCUGCUGGAUGACUACAAAGAUGGUGACCUGCGCAUCAUUCCAGAUUCCAACUAUUAUUUCCCUACAGCAGAACAGGAGCCUGGAGAAGUGGUCGACAGCCUUGUGGGCAAGCAAGUGGAACAUGCUAAAGAUGAUGGGUCUAAGAGAACCGGCAUUUUUAUCCAUCAAGUGGUGGCCAAGCCGUCUGUCUACUUCAUUAAGUUUGAUGAUGAUAUUCACAUUUAUGUCUAUGGCUUGGUGAAAACCCCCUAAAUUCAUUGUGCUCUUUGCAAAAGUCGUGGAACUAUUAAAUGUAAAAUAUGUCA